AUGCUCAUCCAAGAAACUCACCAUGACGUCCCCGUCGUGGCCAACGGCAAGCAAAGCACCAUGCGCAUCUUUGUCUUUCACCCCACCAUCCCAGGCUACUCCAAGGCCAAAUUCCCGGGAGUCUGCCUCUUCAGCGAGAUCUACCAAGUGACCGGUCCCGUCGCCCGUUUCGCCCGUCAAAUCGCAGGACAGGGCUACAUUGUCGCCGCUCCCUCAUCGUAUCACGAUUUCACCGGACCGGAGGCCCUAAAGUACGAUGCCGUCGACACGGACCGUGGUAACAAUUACAAGAUUGAAAAGACCCUCGAGUCCUACGAUGCCGACUCCUACGCGACAGUCGACCUCCUCCUCUCCCUGCCGACGUGCACCGGCCUAAUCGGCUCGACAGGGAUGUGCCUGGGCGGCCACCUAGCCCUCCGGGCGACGCUGGAUCCCCGCGUCUCCGCCUGCGUGAGCUACUUCGCCACGGACGUCCACUCGCGCACCCUGGGCCCCUACCCUGACGGGCCCAACACCUCUUCCGAGGCCCCGAACAACAGUAACCACACCCUCGAUCUCCUGCCCCGCCUCACCGUCAAGUCCGAGGCCGGCCUCGCCUCCGAGGUGGCCAUGAUUUUCGGCAUCAAGGAUACUCACGUGCCCGAUGCGGGACGCGACCUUAUCCGCUCCAAGCUCCGUGCCGCCGGUGCCACCUUCAGCUUCUACGAGUUCGCCCACGCCCAGCACGCAUUUAUCCGUGACGAGCUGAGCAAGGGCCGGUACGACCCCGCCAUCACAAAGGUGUGCUUCGAGGUCUUGCUCGAGUUGUUUGGCCGUGUGCUCAAGACUGAUCUGGGUGUACCGGAUGCGAAUGUUCCCGAACUGGAACAUGAUUGCUAA